AUGGAUAUUGAUGGGUUUGGAGUGCAAGAAGUCAAAAAUAAGAUUAAAAAUUUGGGAUCCACGUACAGUCAAGAACUGAACAAAAUUAAUGAUUCAAAGAGAUCAGGGGCUGGGCUCAGUAAUGUGUAUACUUCAAACAUCAAAUUAAUGGACCCAGCACUGAAGAUACCCAUUGCACAAGAAAAUGACCCCUCCGUGACCUUACAAUCCCGCGACACCGAAGCAAUUACUACAGCUGAUGUAACACAAACCAACGCCACAAAUUUACCUACAUCAGCUUCUACUAGCAGCAUUGGAAAUAGUUCACGUGCAAGGAAGAGGAGUACGAAUAUUGUCAAAGCGGUUUCUGAUUUGAAAAGCUUACAUGAGCAAGUCAAUUCUGCCGAAGAAAACCCUCUUGACGUGUUUAGGAAGAGUGUUGCAUGGCAACUUAAAACUUUUUCGGUAGAAAAUGCCUUAUUAGCUCAGUGUCGAAUCCAAAGCCUUUUGAGCGAAAUCGGUAUUAAGGAUUACAGAGAAAAGUCUGCGCCGAAUAACAGCAGUCAAAGAUCAUCUUCUGUAUUUUCAAAUUUCACUGAUGUGAGUUAUACAUCUACUGCGUCAACAGACCAUGUGACAAACAGAUUUGAUGACCUCACCUCAGAAUCGGACACUCUUCGCACCACGAAUGAUAUUAUAACGUUAGCUAUGGCUGGGACACACUGUAGAAGUUUCUGGUAA